AUGCUUCAUGCUGUCAACCGGGAGCGCGUAGCCCGUGGAUUGCCAAAGCUUUGCUUGAACAAGAAACUACGACAUGCUGCUUUGGAACACUCAAGGGACAUGGCCAAGAGACGAUUUAUGAGUCAUAUUGGCUCGGACGGUUCGACCUUGCCGAGUCGAGUCGAGUCCGCGGGUUACAAUUGGUCGCAUGUUGCAGAGAACGUUGCUGCGGGUCAGAAAACAGUGGCUAUUGUCAUGGCAAGUUGGAUGGACUCAAAACAUCACAGAGCCAAUAUCCUGAGCGUGGACGCCAGGAUGUUUGAGUGCGGCUAUGCGUACAGCUCAAACAGCAAGUAUAAGCAUUAUUGGACGCAGGAUUUUGGGUCGAGCAGCGAUGAACGAUGCGAUUGA